AUCUGUGUUUCUAUUCCGGAUUCUCUUCUUAUGUAUAAAGUAUACCUUUCACCAGGCUAUUACCGUUACUACUGUCUGUAACUUGGACGAACAAACUGGUGUGAUUUUUUUUAUUGCAUUGUAAAACUUUGGGAUAUUUAGAAAUCUAUCUGCAGUACACACACAUUUUUUUUUCAUUCAUUUUGCAACUUAAAACAUACAAGGAGCAAAGGGAGUAGCUACUAAGACAUCAUGAUGAUUACUUAUGCGGUCAUCGUGGCCAUCAUUGGUCAACUGGUCAGUGCUGACCUACAACAACAGUUGGCUUUGUCUUCAGCCUCGUCAGAUUUCUCUCAGAGACUUUACCAGAAAGUUGCUCUAGAUAAGCCCAGCAUUGUCUACUCACCCUACAGCAUCCAUUCGGCCCUGACAAUGACGUCACUAGGAGCAAGGGGAGACACUGCAACUGAAAUGAAGAACACUCUCAGCAUUACUUCCCUUGGUAACUCCGUGCACGCAAUUUAUAAAGAGCUGAUUCAACAGAUAAACUCCGUAACAGAUGUGGAGCUCAAUACCGCCAACGCCAUCUUUGUUAAACCUAACUUCCAGAUUGUUCCAAAGUUUACCCAAGAUACAUCCGAGUUUUAUUCUGCCCAAACUGCUAACAUUGAUUUAUCCGCCGAUGGAGGUCCUGAGAAACCAAUCAACGAUUUCGUGGCAAACAAGACUAAAAAUAUUAUUCAAAAUAUUCUUCCGCCAGGCACCAUUGAUAGUAAUACUGUUAUGCUUUUGGUAAACACAAUAUUUUUCAACGGAACAUGGCGGGCUCCUUUUGAGGCACACCGAACAGUAAGUCAAGAUUUCAAACAACUUCGAGGCGCAGUAAAACAGGUCCAGAUGAUGAAUGCUGAUAGAUAUGUCAAUAUCAAAAGAGAUGCUGUCAACAAGGUGGAUGUCGCUGAGCUUCCCUUUAAAGGAGGUAGAUUUAGCAUGUACAUUGCCCUGCCGCGCGCAGUAGAUGGCAUCACUGACCUAGAACAACUUUUAGUCCAACCAGAAAAAGUCAAGCAACUAUUUACUGGACUUAGCAGCGUGCGAGUUCAACUCUCCAUCCCUAAAUUCAAGACAGAGACCACGCUGUCUUUAAAUACUCCCUUGAAAGACAUGGGGAUUAGAAAAGCUUUUAUUUCAAAUGCUGCCAACUUUAGUGGAAUAACAUCAGCUCAAGUCUUCAUCAGUCAAGUUCUGCACAAGGCUGUGAUCGAGGUCAAAGAAACUGGAACUGUGGCCGCUGCUGCAACUGUCAUUGGAGUAUCCCUGACGUCUGUUCAACUACCCCCCACACAAGCGUUCAUCGCUGACCAUCCUUUUGUGUACUUCCUGAGAGAUAAUCAAACAGGACAGAUUCUCUUCCAAGGGAAAUUCUCUGGCUAAUGCACAUUUUGUUCUUUUGUUUUUUUUAUGCAAAAUUUAUAACUUUAUAACAA